AAUUAUUUUUAAAGUCAUGUAAAAUUGAUGUUAGAUAACUGUUCCGUGUCUACAUGAUAUUGCGAAAAUUAAUUUUAAUGUCUACAGUAUUACGUAGUUUAAUGAAAAAAUAUCAAUACUUAUCUUCCAUUGUUUACCUAAUCAUUCAACUUUUGUUGUGUGUACAUAUUUCAGCUUACAAGCUAGAUGUACCAACGAGGGUGUGAAACAUAUUUUGCAUGAACAUUAUUGUUUAAAUUCAGAAAUAACCUGUUAUAAAACAAAUGAUGAAAUCAAUUUUGCUGGAUUUAAGUUUAUUGCCAUUCACAUAGGUUGUCUUGGAGUUAAAAACGUAAAUGGUGUUCACAUGUUCUGAUUAGGACUAGAAUAUUUAAGAGAAUAUCUUCGUAGACAAAUUUAUUAUGAUGAUUUUGUAUAAACUAAUCCCUAUUUUGCCAGCAAGUUUAAGCAAACUUAACAGACAUUUAAUGAAAAAGAUAUCAAAUAGAAAAAGAAGAUAGAAUCGAUUAAAUUUUGAAACAAGAUGAGGAUCAAAUACCGUCAAACAGUGAUAGUAAUUCUAGGAGUACAGACUAUGUUGAUAUGCUAUCAUAUGUUAUUAAGCUCUGAAGAUUCGCUUGUCAAACGCAUGAAUUUAAAUUCAAAGAGUCUGGAUAUAUUUCUCCCACAGUCACAGUCUUCCAAAAUGACGAAAAAUGUUAAUCAAACAAACACAUUACAAUUAAUGAAAGAAAUGCACGUGACAAAUGGUGAUUGCAUUAAUAUCAUGUACCCGGCCGAGUUACUGAAAGAAGAAUCAUGGAGAAGAGUAGACGAAAAGAAGAAUGCGUUUGUGUUUUCUGCAUAUAUUGUUGAACAAAGUGGUAAAAUUAAAGUGGUCGGUGCAAGCACUCGUAGUAUAGCGAAAAUAUUUUGCCAAUACUGGCAUUUAAUGCCGGCGAAUGAUACAAUUAUAAUGCAUGAAAAACCUGCAAAUAUACACGUCCUUCCUGAGAGCCAUGGGAAAAAAUACUCAGGUUCUGUAUUUAUUUGCCCUGGUGUACCUUCCAAUACUCAUUAUAUUUCAUUGGUAACAAGUCAAUGUAAGGUGCCUCUUCAUCUACUUAAGGUGAAGAAUGGAAGAGCACCACAAAAAUAUCAACGGAAGUUCACGGUCUGUUUGAAACCGUUGCAUUUCCGGUAUGGUAGAGCUUACGAACUCGUUGAGUGGAUAGAAUUUAACAAGAUGCUUGGAGCAGAAAAGAUCGUUGUAUACAAUUACUCUAUCGCAAUGAACACUGAUCAAGUGCUCAACAAUUAUGUUGAAGAAGACAUCGUAGAAGUUGUACAAUGGGAUUUACCGAUUAAGAGUUACACAUGGCCGAAAACGUCAGAUCCUGUGGACAUUCAUUCUAUCGGAAUGAUACCAAUGCUUCAGGACUGUCUGUAUCGAAACAGAGCGCAUUCAGAGUUCGUAAUCAAUGUUGAUGUAGAUGAGUUUAUAAUACCACACUCUGAUAAUGCUUCUACAUGGUCUGAACUCUUUACACAGCUCCCGUCGGAAUAUGAUACUUAUAUUUUCCGCAAUACAUUUUUCAGAAAAGAAUGGAACAGUUAUAUAAAUCAGUUUCGAAAUAAAAUCAUUGCUCAAAAGUUUAAUAUCAUAUCGUUACAAUAUUUUGAACAUGAAGAUGUCAUAUUUCCUGCUAGGUCAAGGUCAAAGUAUUUUACAAGGACAAUCAAAGAAGACAACAGUUUGAUGAUUCACGAGGUAUCGGGAAGUCGUUCGUACAUAGUACCUGUAGAAUUAGGUCUACUUCACCAUUACAGAAACUGGCAAAAUUAUAAAGAUACAUCGAGAAGAAUAGUUGACAAGACCGUGUUAAUUAAAUAUGGAGAAAAACUAAUCCACAGAGUCCAGAAGCGCUGGGAAAAGCUAGGAAAUGUAAAACUGGAUAUGCCAGUUUAAAAACAAUUUUGGUGAAGCAGUCCGAAUAUGACAGUGUUGAAAGUUUUUUCCAGUUAUUGAUUAAGAAUUGUUAAUGAGCAUUAUACAAUUAUAUACAUGUCAUUUGAAUAAAAUCGAAUUUCGGUCAAGUCGUAUUCCAGUUAUAAACUUAUCUUAACAUUCAUGGUUUUAUAUCAUGUUGAUGUUACAUCUCUGCAACGUUUCAGAAUUUGUUGUAUUCAAAUGCUUACUUUGAUAAUAUUCAAUGCCAUGUGUUCCUUCACUUCAAGUCAAGUGUUCACGCAAAGUCAAAUGGUCGAAGGCAGAUGUUCGUUCGAAAACAAAUGUUCACUCGAAGUAAAAAGUUCACUUGAAGACAAAUGUUCACUCGAAAUCAAUUGUUCACUCCAAGUCAAGACUUCACUUGAUGUGAAAUGUUAAAGUCAAAUAUUUGCUCAUAGACAAAUGUUCACUCGGAGUCAAAUGUUCACUCAAAGUUAAAUGUUAACUCGAAAUCAAAUGUUAAGACGAAGUGUUAUGUUAACUCAAAGGCAAAUUUUCACUUCAAGUCAGUUAAGUCAAUUGUUAAGCCAAAGCCAAAUGUUCACCUGUACUGUAUUGAAACUAGGAUGAUUUAAUCUGGACGUCUCGGUAUUUGAUUAAUUAAUUCAGCAAAGAACGAAAUAUGCGAAUCUUGUGCAUAAUAUCUUGUAAUUGGAUAUUCAGAAUGUUUCAGUGAAAAGUGUAUGAAACCUUGUUUCUCUUCCGUUCCGGAAACAUACAUGAAAUCAAAAACAUAAACUUGGCUGUUGAAUUAUUCAAAUCCUAUCUUACUCACCCAACCAGAAAAUUCAACAGGUACAUUAAAUCUUGAAAGCAAUCGCUGAUUGGUUUCUUGGUUGACUAGAAUAUUGUAAAUACG